UGAAAGAAUUAGAAAUCAAAGGCAAUUUUCUGGAAUUAGAAGGAAAGAAGACACAGAUCUACAUUUUCUAGGUCUAAAAUAUGACAUGUAAAAGGGUGACACAUGCAAACUGGCUGAUGGACUAGUUCUUUUUCUCACUUGGUUACAAGGUGUCAUGUUGCAAUAGGAUUGGAAAGCACCACCAGAAGCUCCACCCCAACGAAGACGGUCGUGUCUCUACAGCCAAAGUCACCUGAGAAAUCAGCAGCAGCAACACCAUUCACUUGCACCAUCUGGGUCUAAACCUGACUGAGGAGCAAAGGAGAACAACCUGCAGAAAUAAGCUUGAUACUUUUAAAUAGAGGACAGACAUUGAUAGAACUCCUGUGCAGUGGACACCAUGGCCUCCACUCUCUCCGUGCGCAGCCACACAGUUCGUCAGCCCUCCUUCUCCAGUAUGUCUGUGAGGGACAGUGGACGCAGCAUCCGCUCCAAACCCCACAUCUCUGCUCUGUCCACCGUCAGCACCCUGUCCCGCUCCGUCUCCGUGGGCAACGGCCUCAACAUGCUUGGCUCCAACCUGUCUUUCAACGGGCUUGGCGUUGGUGCCAGUGAGAAGGAGACGAUGCAAGGUCUGAACGACCGUCUGGCCAAUUAUCUGGACAAGGUGCGUUCUCUGGAGAGGUCAAAUGCUGAGCUGGAGGUGAGGAUCAAGCAGCUGAUGCUGGAGAAAGCACCCAAAGGUCAUGACAUCGAGGGGAUGAUGGCCCAGGCACAUGCUAUUGGGCAGGAGGUCCGGAAGAAGACGCUGGAGAACGCUCGUAUCAUGCUGGAGAUUGAUAAUGCCAAGCUGGCGGCCGAUGACUUCAGGGUCAAAUGGGAGGCAGAAGCCACCUUGUGUCAGUCUGUAGAGCGAGAUUGUCAGGCUCUGAGGAGAGCAAAGUCUGACCACGACCAGAUCAUCUCCACCCUCCGAGGAGACCUGGACAGCCUGAAGGAGGAACUCUAUUUCCUCAAGAAGAAUCACGAUGAGGAGAUGAGCGCUCUGAAGGUGCGUCUGACCAACGAGCAGGUGAACGUGGAGGUGGAUGCGGCUCAGGGACCUGAUCUGGGCGGCACAUUGGCUGAGCUGAGGGUCCAGUAUGAGGGCAUCGCUCGCAAGAACAAGGAAGAAGCAGAGGCCUGGUACCUCAAGAAGGUCUGUCCACAAUUUACCUGCAUAUGUGGUUGUAUGCCCUACCCUGGAAUGUCAAUGAUAUUUGUAUACGUGUCAUUACAGUUAGAAGCGGUGCAGUCGGAGGUGAAGGAGAGCAACGAGGCACUACGUUGUGCCCAAAGUGAACUCAGUGAGCGGCGACGUUUCCUGCAGGCUCUGGAGGUGGAACUGGACAGUCUACGAAAACAGGUCAGUGUGUUGGAGGGAAAUCUCGGGGAAACGGGUCAUAAGUACUCAGUGGAGAUGGAGCGACUCCAGACCACGCUGACACAACUGGAGGAUGAGCUUUCUCAGCUGCGUCUGGACAUGCAACGCAACAAAACCGACUACGAGCAGCUGCUGCGCAUCAAACAAAACCUGGAGAUGGAGAUCGCCACCUACAGGAGACUGCUGGAAGGAGAGGAGAUGGUUAAAGAAACACCUCCACCACCUAAAAAGGAACCGGAAGUAAGGACCAGGAAGAUUGUAAAAGUCGUCACCCAGACCAUGAUCAACGGCAAGGUGGUGGAUGAGUCUAGUGAGGUGGAGCAGAUUGAAGAGCGCAAAAAAUAAGCCCCAAUAUGAACGGUGACGAAGAUUCAGAUUCAGAAACCCAAAGAGCCUAAUGACAGACGUCUGUGGAUCAAACCUAGUUUUUGUCCUCCGUUUUUUAAAUGUUUUACUGCCUCAUCUUGCCAAAAAGGUCCUGUAUAGGAUUUGUUUUUCAGCAACACGAUGCAUUUCUGUACAUAGGAAUUCUAAAAGGAUCUUAUAGUCAAGAGCUAAUAAUCAUCUAAUAUGUUUCAGUGGUGUGUUUGCUAAUUGAUUGGAUUGGAUUGGAUGUAGAUUAUACUGUCUAUUGUGUCACUGUGGGAUGAUAUGACCAAAGAAUCUGAGAAUUAAAUCUACUUUCUCCAGAGCUUUCAGACUUAAUUUUCAAUCAUCUUUAGUUUUUCUGAAGAUCCUUCUAAUGUUGAUACCAGGGAAAAUUUACUAAGAUGGUUUUGUGAUG